GGUUCCAAGAAGAGUUUCCGGAUCAAGACAAAUCACACGACGACGAAACGAUCCGAAAGAAAAGCCCACCGAAUCAUCGUUCCCCUCUUUAAAUUGAAAAAACAUCGUUGCCUCCUCAUCACUCAUCACUCCCCUCCUCUCCCUCGUUCUCUCCCUUUCAAAUCCUCCAUAUCUCCCUCCCUCUCUCUCUCUCUCUCUGUUUCUACCAUGGAGAAUCGCCUGAAGCUUCGCAUCUCCCGCAUGUUCCACUCCCCCUUCGCCUCUUGCAAGCCCCGACCCGCCGCCGCGUCAUCGUCCGACGUCAUUGUCGACCCGCGGUCCCGCCGGAGCUUCCGCUCCGAUUCGACCACGGAGCCGCUCUUGCCCCGCAGGCCUCGCCCUCCUCCCUCCAUCUGCAGACCCCAAGAGAACAGGCACUGCGUCGAUGGCGCCUGCAUCGUCCCUGCCGCCAAGGCCGCCUGCGAUCGCCCCCGACAGAAGCUGUCGGGCCGCGAUCUCCGCAAGGGCCGGUUCUGCCCCCCGACAUCCCCCGUGUCGCCUCUGGGCCGGCUGUUCGUCGGCGGCUUCAGGGACGAGUAUUACCAUCGGCAUCUUCAUCCCCAUCGUCACCGUCGCGGCGGCGGGUUUGAAGAAUGUCACAAGAAAAGCGUGACCAAGAAGAGCAAGAGCAAAAGCAAGAGGAGUAGUAGCAAUGCUGCUGCUUCCACGUGCCCUUUGAGCAUGAGCUCGUCCUCGCUGAGCACUUACUACGACGGCGACCUGUUCAGCAGCGACGACGAGCGAGAAGACGACGGGACGGAGACCCUGUUCUCUUCCCGGACCCUCUCCUCCGAUUCCUCCGAGUCCCAGCGCCGCCGCCCCCUCCGGAGGCCAAGCUCUCGCCAGAGGAGGAGGAGGAGAGCGGCAGCCGCUGACGUCAUGCCCUUGGGCGAGAACGACGGCGGCAACAUGAAGGGUAGCUUCGCCGUCGUGAAGCGGUCGAGCGACCCGUACGGCGACUUCAGGACGUCGAUGGUGGAGAUGAUCGUGGAGAGGCAGAUGUUCUCGGCCAAGGACCUGGAGAGGCUCCUGAACUGCUUCCUCUCCCUCAACUCCCACCACCAUCACAAGAUCAUCGUCCAAGCGUUCACCGAGAUAUACGAGGCUCUGUUCACAAACUGGUGUUGAGAAAAACAGAAUGCCUUGCUCUGUUUCUCUUUCGUUUUUUUUUUCUCUUUCUUUCUUUCUCCCUUGCAGUUCUCUGCUAGUUUAGUGAUGUUAUUAGACGUUCCUAACUGAAAUUGACUGAACUAAUGAGAUGAGUGGCCCCUGUUCACGUUCUCCA